CUGCAGCGCAGAUUCGUCCUUCUUUACUACCACCGUCCACUCUCUUAUCCUUCCUUAAGGAUUCAGAUAAACCACAUCAUCCGUCGUCGUUCAGACAUCAUAUCCCAAUCAGCACGCUUGUCUCUCUCUUACCAUUUCAAGAUGUUCUUCAAGACUGCUUUCGUUGCCUCCAUGGCUGGUCUCGCUGCGGCCCUCCCUCAACGUCGCCAGAAUGCUGGUGGUGUCACCAUUGUCAACAACAUUGGAUCCGACGUCUACGCGUGGUCUGUUUCUGAUAGAGUCGGAAGCAUGGAGACCCUUUCUGCGGGCGGCGGAUCCUACACCAGUAGCUGGCAAACCAACGACAACGGCGGUGGCAUUUCCAUCAAGCUCUCCACCUCCCAGACCCAGGCCGACGUCCUGCAGUUCGAGUACACCCAGUCCGGCGACACCAUCUUCUGGGACAUGUCCUCCAUCAACCUGAACGCGGACUCCGACUUCGUCAAGUACGGCUUCAGCGUCGUUCCCUCCUCGGGUGACAGCAACUGCCCCACCGUGACCUGCUCUGCUGGCAACUCCAACUGCCAAGAGGCCUACCAGCAGCCCGAUGACAACCACGCUACUCACGGCUGCCCCAUUGACACCACCUUCACCCUGACCCUGGGUACCGGUUCUUCGUAAGGAUGACAGCCGGUGUCAAACCUCUCUGACCCUGAGGCCACUUGCUACUUCUAGGCCGAGGGGUUUUCCUUUGCAUUGCUUCUUUCUUCUCCUUUUUUCCCCACCUUCUUUGGCUUGUUCUACAUGCUCAACCAUGUGGUCAUCGUCCCCACUUUUGACUUCUUUGCCUAUCUGAAAACAGCGAGCGAGUUGAGUCGGCUAGCUCGACUUCAACAACGCUCCUGGGCUUUGGGAUAAGGUUUUUUUUUUGUUCGUUUGACUUUCCCUUGAUUCCCACCCCCAGUUUGUUAUGAGAGAACCAAAGGAAAUCGGCCUGCUGUUGCCACGCUCAUGUCUUUUAUGAUGUAUGCAGUGAUUUGACAUCACACGAUUGACG